GGCUGACCCUCCCAGAAGUAGCAGAGGGGUGGGACGUGGUGUAGUUAAAUGUGUGUAUGUGUGUGGGGGUGCACUUGCAUUGUCAUGCUACGCCAGCACUACACAAUGCCGUGCUUACUUUACUCAGGAAAUGGACUGCAGCGCACGGCUUGCACACUUUUCUAGACAUUCCAUUUUGGGUUGAACAUUUUCACAGUAUUCUAUGCGGCCGACCAGACCGCAUAGAAUACUGCACACACUGGCUGCGGCCAGCACCCUGGGCAAUUGCACGACUGUCCCGCCCCCAGAAACGACCCUGCAUGUUCCAUCCCAUCUUCUACCAGCCGUGCGAACAGGUCUGAACUUUGGCUGCGCGCAGGCCCCAAUGCGCAUGCACGUCGUUGCCCGGCAACGGCCGUCGCCAGUCUUGACCAGAGCAACGACAGAAGUGUUCACAGCAGCGAACGCUAGAAGAUUGGCAGGCAGAAGGCGGAUCUGGGUGUCAACUGACCGUUUUCGAGGAGUGGUGAGGCGAACGCAGGCGUGUCAAGGCGUUUGCAGGGCGGGUGUAUGACGUCAAUUCCGGGACCUGACAGACUGAAGUGAUCGCAGUGGGGAAAAUAUAGAAAGACAUUGUACAAUGUUUUACAGAAGCACAACGACCUGCAUCUACUCACUGCUUCUCCUGAUGAUAACCAUGGGCCUGCCAUUCAUGAAGCUUGUCCUAGCAGAGGAACUGACUGGCACUACAAUCCCACCAGAGAGUCGCCCGUGUGUGGACUGCCAUGCCUUUGAAUUUAUGCAGAGAGCACUACAAGACCUCAAAAAGACAGCGUACAACCUGGACUCACGGACGGAGACACUUCUUCUUAAGGUGGAGCGUAGAACUCUGUGUGACUGCAUAUCUAUGGAUGGGCUGAGCUGAAGAUGGGAGACCCCAGGAAAGGACAUCCACCUUAACUCUUCUGCUGCUGGAUAGGGUAUUGCAAAACAUUGCUUUUGCAAUGUGGACCAGCUCCCUCUGGCAGCGCAAGUGUUAAACGCAACUCAUAUUAUGAAUAAAGAAUACACAUGACAAAUCCAUCUUGACACUGAAAUGUGCAUGUGUGCGUGGAGGGAUUUGCAAGGGAGAAAUUCUUGAACAAAUAAUUAAUAGGAUAUUUUUUAUUGUAUUCAUUUUGCUUUUUGUUAUGUAAAUCACAGGUUUGAUUAGAAGUGCAUAUACUCAACCCAUCUCUUGUAUGUCGCUGCUCCAUAUACAGAACGCUUUAUUUUCCUAAAGAUUCUGCAGCCAUCAGCCAAUACAACUGUACCGUACCUUCCAAAUCCUCAUAGUCUGGUUUUUGCAGAGCCACUCUGUUAUUAUUAUUAUUAUUAUUAUUAUUAUGUAUAGUUGAAGUGCAAGAACCUAUAUAUUAAUGUUUAUGUGUCUGCAACUCCAGUCACUGAAUCAGAACAUUCCCAGGACUAAACCAGCCUGUAGCCAAUCAGAACACCGAGGCAGACCAACAGAUAACCAUUCAGAUCUAAAGCAGUAUAGACUGACGUCUAUUAUUUUGAUAUAUUCAGUCAAAAAUAAUUAUUUAUGUUGUGAUUUUUCAUCAUAAAAAUUUUAUUAUGACACAUCGGCCCGUAUAAUGCAAAGGUGAAUAGGAACAGCAGCAACAUAUAUGUAUAUGUGUGAAAUAUUUUUUUAAAAAAAGUUUGAGCCAAAUCUACAGCAAUAAUUUGUAGACAGGGGAAACCCCAUUGGGUCCCACUGCAUGGGGGACCACCUCUUCCUCUAGGGAUCAGGUUCUGUGCACUUGAAUUAUACAUUAUACUGUACAUAUGUUACCUUAUACUGCACAGUACUAUGGUGUAUUAUAUACAUUGCAUUGCCGUUAUUACUCUGGUACAUUAUCAUGCACUAGCAGUAUUUACUAUAUAUAUUAUCAGGGGACCCAGUCGAUGCGCUCUCUAGUGGUUAGCCAAGACUCUGUGGCAGCUGGCCACACCCCCUAUGGAGGAUGGCCACACCCCUAAUCAUGAGCCCCCAUCACUGCAUUCCCCCGGUGAGCCCUUUAUGCCCCAGUCCGACACUGUGUAGACUAUACAUGUGUACAGCACUCUAGAGAAGUGAAGUCUAUGGAUGCAGCGGCGUCUUACUAACAUAUAUACAUUUUAAAAGAGAAAACUAUAAUUCAGAUAUGAAUGUCUGUGUAAAUUCCAUAGUCAGAAAUAAUCUUCCUAUAAUGUCAGAUCUCAACUUUGCAUGUAUCGUUUUAUUUUUGUAAAACUGAAGUAGUUAUUGCAGGUGUGGGGCAAAAUGUUGACAUUCAGAAUAUUGACAUUGUGGGUUCUGACAGUCGGAAUGUCGAUAUAGAGUUUUUUGUGCAUUUAAAAAACCCUAACCCUAUCCCAACACUAAUGACAGCCUAACUCUAACACUGACAUGAGCUGUAGACAUUGUGCCUGUCAUAACAGUGUCGGCAUUAUGUCAUUAUAACCAUGUCGGAAUUAUAUAAAUUUAGCAGUGUCAGCAUUAUGUCAUUAUAACAUUAUAACUUGAGGAUAUUGCCACAUGGAACGUUCUACUAGUAAAUUGAAGAACCUUUUAAUACAAAGUUAUAUUGCACGUGCAAGAGAAAGUCUUCUUGGAGAUGGACAGAGGGUUAUGGGUCGUUGGGUCGACCCAACUUAGGUCAACACUCAUUAGGUCGACCACUGAAGGUCGACAUUGCCAUUGGGCUUUAGGUAGAGAUGUACUAGGUCAACAGGUCAAAAGGUCGACAUGAGGUUUUUGACUGUUUUUGGUGUUGUUUUCUCUGUAAAGUGACGAGGAACCCAUAUUAGUGCACCGUGUCCCCUCGCAUGGCUCGCUUCGCUCGCCAUGCUUCGGGCAAAGUGCUUCGCUCCGCUACCACUCAGCACAGAUUACCGUUCCAAUCGUAGUCCAUGUGGAUCGUUAAGUAUGAAAAAAUCCAAAAAACUGAAAAAAAAUUGUGAAAAACUCAUGCCGACCUUUUGACCUGUUCACCUAGUACAUGUCGACCUAGCGAUCAUGUCGACCUAAUGCAUGUCGACCUAAUGACAUUGUCGACUUUCAGUGGUCGACCUACGUUAUGGCGACCUAACGACCGUAACCCGGACACAGGUUCCAACCAUCCAUGGUGAUAUUAUUUAUUCCACAUAGUGGGCCUGAUUCAGGGUUGAUUGCACAUUUUGCUAAGUAACAGAAGUUGCAAUCCUUGUGAACACAUGCUGGGGCCGCCCAUCGCAGGGCAAGGCCACCCAGCAUGCUGUCCGACGCUCCCCCCCCCCCCUUGAUCAAGCAAUUUCUGUUUGAUCGCUAAAAUUAAGGUUGCCUCCUGCCAGCACAGCUUGGCUGCGCCCGCAGGAGACCCGCCGCUAUCUUUUUGAGAUGUCACGCAGUCGCCCCAAUCACACCCUCGUCACGCCCGUUUUGUAGCCACAUCCCCGCUGCGCUCCGUCUCCGUCUAGGAAACGGAGAGUAGCCACCCCCCGCGAACGCCUCUGCCUGAUUGACAGGUUGAGGCAUUCGCAUUUUCUGCGGGCAAAUGCAGGCGCAUGCGCCUUUUAGCAGUUUUUGCGGUUCGAUCGCGAUUGGCAAUCCAACCUGAAUCAGGCCCAGUGAGCGCUACUGGUGAUUGUGCCCGAAAUAAUCUUUUGCAUAUAUUGAAUUGCCCCCCUCUGAAAGUUGCUGACAUUCUUAAUUUCAACAUUUUGAAUGUCGAUAUGUUGACUAUAUACCGUCCCUCACUUCCAUAGAAUUUAUUUAAAAUCUAGUAAGAAGUUGAACAUGAUGAUUAUUUGACACAUCCGUGGAGAUUGUAACAAAUGCGUAUGUUUUCAGUUAACGUUACAUAAAAAGGUAAUGUUAGUGUUUUUUAUUGAGUUUUUAACACAUUUCUACCUUUUAUGGUAUUUUUAGUCUUCAUUCUGGCUUAUCUCAUUGUGCACAAAGCUAGAUUAAGGUGGGUUACUUACUGGCCUUACAAAAUUGGUGCAUUGGUAAUUUACAGUGGCUUAUGGGCAAGGGGUAGUGGAAGUCAAUGGAAGAUCCUUAAUUAACUCUUACAGUGAAUUAAAGUAAAUUAGUAGUGUCCAAAAUGAGCACCUGUGCUCCUGUUCCUCAAGCCAGGUGGGUAUGGGGUCAUGGGGUCAUUCCAUCCACAUAUUUGAUUUUUUACACCAGUAAAGUAGGGGUCUAGAAUAGAUCAAUAGCAACCUACUACAGAAAAUGUUCUAUCACCAUAUAUUAACCAUCCCGUUCUACUUGUAUACAUGAAUUAUUUUUUAACCUAGGUGAUGCAAUUAUAUUAUGUUUUGAACAAUUUGCAUAUGCAACGAAUAAACAAAUUGUAUGCAUUAAAUAAUGUUUACAGUGUAGUUUCUCUGCCGUGUGCCCCUAACCAUUCAUCAUAUUUCUCCUCUGUAAAAACAAACAUGUACUUCCUAAUGAUAUGCGCUGACAUGAAAUAGCUAAACUACAAAUGAGCUAAAGAUAAAUAAUUUGAAACAAAAA